UAAUGUGAAUAAAGUUGCCUAUCAAUCUGCACGUAACCUGAAAACUUUGCAAGCAUUACGAGCAGUUUUAAGAUGAGUUUGCUGAGGAAUUUGGUGGUGAAGCAGAGUCUUAGGAGAUGCUCGACGUCAGCUAAGCAGACCCAUUUCGGUUUCGAAACGGUACCGGAAAAUGAGAAAACUGAAAAAGUACGAGAGGUGUUUGAAAAUGUUGCUCACAGUUAUGAUGUUAUGAACGAUGUUAUGUCUGUGGGCAUCCACCGGAUAUGGAAAGAUAUGUUCAUACAUAACUUGGGUCCCACGAAAAACACGAAACUGCUUGAUGUUGCUGGAGGCACUGGUGAUAUUGCAUUUAGAUUUUUGAAUUAUGUAAAAAACUCGAACUUGGAAGAGGGCAGUCAUGUAACAGUUUGUGAUAUAAAUCAAGCUAUGCUUGACGUUGGUAAAGCUCGCUGUGAGAAACUCAAAUAUGACUCUGAACAUAUUAGUUGGCAGCAAGGGAAUGCUGAAGAAUUACCAUUCGAAGAUAACAAGUUUAAUGCGUACACAAUAGCUUUCGGUGUUAGAAACGUGACCCACAUUGAUAAAGUUUUAAAAGAAGCUUAUCGUGUUUUAAAACCAGGUGGUAGAUUCAUGUGCUUGGAAUUCAGCCAAUUGGAAUAUGCACCAGCUCAAUGGGUCUACGACCAAUACAGCUUUCAAGUGAUACCAGUAAUGGGACAAAUAUUAACUGGCAAAUGGCAACCAUAUCAAUAUCUGGUUGAGAGCAUAAGACAAUUCCCAAAGAAAGAGCAUUUUAAAAAUAUGAUUGAAGAAGCUGGAUUCAGACAAGUGACCUACGAGAAUUUGAGCCUGGGAAUAGUGGCGAUACAUUCAGGAUUCAAAUUGUAAAUGUGACUGAAUAAAAAACCAAUUAGCCUGA